ACAAAAGACAAAGAAUGCAGACUACCAGAUUUUACGGGAGUGCCAAAACCCACCCAUCAGUGGCACAGAAACUUGCUGCAUUAGUCCCACAAAAGAAGAAGAAAACUGCCAAGGCGGCUCAGAAAGAAAAUGUGGUGAAACCACGAAAAAAUGCCAAGUAAGUGUGCAUCUCUGUGCAAGUGUGAUCCCAUCAUGGUGGCGUGCAAAGGAAUUUGGACACAACCUUUUUGGAAAGCAGUGACUGGCGAAUUCCUGGCCAUGUUGAUAUUUGUUUGUUUGAGCCUUGGUUCAACUAUCAACUGGAGUUCAAAAGAAGAUCCUCAGCCAGCAGACCUGGUCCUUAUUUCACUCUGCUUUGGACUUAGCAUUGCAACCCUUGUACAGUGCUUUGGACACAUAAGUGGAGGCCAUAUUAACCCAGCAGUCACUAUUGCAAUGGUUUGCAUGAGGAAGAUCAGCAUUGCAAAGUCAGCAUUUUAUAUUGUUGCCCAGUGCUUAGGAGCCAUUGCAGGAGCAGGGAUUCUCUACUUAGUCACUCCAUCACAGGUCGCUGGCAGUUUGGGAGUUACCAAGGUGAAUGAGAUGCUUUCCCCUUUCCACGGACUACUUGUUGAAUUAAUAAUCACCUUCCAGCUGCUCUUUACUAUUUGUGCAAGCUGUGACUUAAAGCGCAAUGACAUCACUGGAGCUGUAGCGUUAGCAAUUGGAUUUUCAGUGUCCAUAGGUCAUUUAUUUGCAAUCAAUUAUACAGGAGCUAGCAUGAACCCAGCAAGAUCUUUUGGACCAGCAGUCAUUAUGAAUAAAUGGGAAAAUCAUUGGGUCUAUUGGGUUGGACCAGUGAUAGGCGCAGUUCUUGCAGGAACCCUAUAUGAAUAUAUCUUCUGUCCAGAUGUUGAACUGAAGAAUCGCUUAAAAGAUGUCUUAACUAAGGCAACGCAACAAUCCAAGGGGAAAUACAGUGAAGUGGAAGAGAGUAAAAGUCAGAUAGAGUCGGAUGAUCUAUUACUGAAAGCAGGGACUGUUCAUGUUUUGGAUGUGACAAAAGGAAAGGACCCCUCUGGUGAGGUUUUAUCUUCGGUAUGACUAGCACCGGUCACUGAAGCCAUAGAAAAACCAUCACCAACAACAUCACCAAAAUAUUUUUCAAUUAAAGAAACUGAUAUAUUAUAAAGCAGCUACGUAUAUUACAGUCUAAAUCACUUAACUAAAUGAAUAUAUUACCAAACUUAUAUCAAAUUAUGCUAUUAUGUAAAACCUGUAUCACUAUAUAACAUUUAUACAUUAGUUCUAUGUCCUUUUGGCAAAAUCUAAGGUAAAUAAGAGUGAUCUUUAAUUUAACAAGUAGUCAAUAUUGAGCCUAAAAGCUGCCCGUUUAGCAUUUAGAUUGACAGUGCACAUUAGUUUAGAACACCCACUAGCAAAUUCAAACAAAUGGUUUUCCCUCUGGCACAUAAUUGGCUGUUGUCAGCACUGAUUAAGAUGUGCCCCUAUUUAAUCACUAUCCAGGAGCAUUGCAACAGCAGAUGGGCAAAACAAUGAAAGUUAAAAUAUGAAAUAAUUAUUAAAAAUGUAUUAGUCUACUUCUCACUUUUUGUUAAUUACAGUAAAGUUUUGAAAAAGUAGUUUACAGAUGAAGAAACAGGUUGAAAAACAUCAAAUGGCUUCAGGAAAAGAGAAAAUCUUUAAGCACCGUUCUAUCUUUCCUGUCCAUGUAUCUUUCCCUUUGUUUGAUCUGUUGACUGACUGCAGCAAUUUAUCAGAACCACACAAAAUAGUCUGAUUCACACACUAAAAAUAGAAAAGGCAUUUUCUGUUAGUUUUAUAAAAGAUUGUCUGUUUCCAGUGUAUGUUAUAAGCACAGUGUAUGUAUUUUAUUGUAAUUAACUUAUUUAAAUCCUUUGAUGUUAUCUAAGACCUUUUAUUCAUUGAUAUGAAAAUCAACUGCUCCAAGCGUAUUUAACACAAAGCAACCAAGCCAAGUAAGCUCUCACAGAUGUGCAAUAAGCAAUACAAGUGAAUGGAUGUGUACACACAUACUUUCUAAUAUGCACUUGCUUUGCAUCUUGCAAUAACAACAGUACAUUCAGAAUUCACAAAUAUUAAUGCCCAGUAAAAUAUAAUGGAAUUCUGUGGAACUCUUUGGAAGUGCUUAUUAACAACCCAGGGGCAACUUCUCCACUGGUCCACUUAUUCACUCAUUUCACUGCUUGAUACAUUAGCCUCUUAGUGCACUAUGCUGCAGAGAUACUUUGGGAAUACACAUUGAGGGCCUUAUUAGAAUUAGACGCAAUUUGGGUUAAAAUCAAAAAAAUUAGCAUUUUGCUACAGAUGCAGAGUUGGAUGCAAAUGGAUGAUGCAUAGGUAGGCACGUAAAUGCUCCUAAAUUCCCUGCAAAUUACAGGGGAAGAUGUGCCAAGAAUAUGUCAAGAGGUGUGGCUUCAAUGCAUACUUGCCUAUGGUCUGUCAUCGUGGCUCUGCCAACACCCGCUAUACAACCCACUAUACAGCACCAAAAAAACAGGCACUGUAUAGUGGGGGUGGGACUUCGAUGACGCUAUUGUACAUAAUUAAAAAAAGUGCAACUUAUUUACAUUUAAUGUAAAAACCACGUUAUUGGUUGUAUAUUUUAUUAUACUGCCAGUAGCAUGCUUUUAUGCUUUCCAGUUGUUUGCUGUCAUUUUGUGGAAAUCUAGAAAGGAAAAAGGUUAUUCAGACAAUUAUUUAAAAAUAGAUAUAUUUGAGCUAACAUGCAAAACUAUUUGAGUGUGUUUGUCUUAUGCAUUAAUGCCAUUAGGAUGUAGGCCUAAAAAUAUUAAUCUAUCCAUGGAUAGAUUUAAUGGUCAGGGCAACCGUAGGCACAACACUAGUGUUCACCUCCCAACUUUAUAUGAGAUUUUCAUUGUUUGAUUAUAUGUAAACACUAAUUGGAUAUUGGAAGUUGAAAAUAAUAUGCUAAUAAACAAGUCAUAACCUAUGACAUUAUAUUCAGUCUAAGUUGGUGUAAGGUACGAGGGGUGUGCAAAAAGUUUCUGGAUGCACAAAAAGUAUUAGAUUUGCAAACAAAUUUAAUAUUACAUUUUUUAAAAGUAUAUGCCAGAGGAGUAUACGGAUUUGAUCAUUAACGUGGUUGCGGCACCCAUUUACCCCCAAGUCAUGUGGGAUUUUUUUUCGACCCACUGAGACAAGUGAAAAAAGAUCUCCAAUGACUGCUGGCCUCAGGGCUGAUUAAAUAACCCUGGGGGAUCAAUGAAUUUGUGGUACAGUAAUCUACUGCGGCUAAUUAAAUUCCCCCCAAACUAAAACAACUCGACCAGUCCAAAACAGGUAUGUCUUCUACGUACUGGAUGACGUCUCCACUGCAGCUUCCAGUGACUCAAAAUGAAUCCCAUGCAUCUUGUGCUUGAUUUGUAGCAAUAUGAUGAAGUGGCAGGGGGCCAGUUCUGGAAUGUACGGCAGGUGACUAAACUCCUGGAUGCAUUAAUGUGCCAUAAAAUCCACUGCUGUCCUGGACUUGUGGGUAGGUACAUUGUCAUGAUGGAGAAGGGCAUACGAGCGCAAGUUCUUGGACAGCACCUAGAAAUGGCUUCCAGCAUGUACGGCAAGCAUUGGUUGGCAUACCAGUCCCCAGUGAUGGUGCACUGCUGUACAAGUGGUACGGAAGCUACAUGGCCAGUAUUGGCCACAAAAAUAGAGACCAUCUGCUUGGCCCUCAUGGCACAUAUGUUGUCCUUGGGGAUUGUAGACACGGGUUGGCGGCAUCUUUCCUUGUCUUCCAGAGACCGUCUUCGAUACUGAAAUUCUGCAAAGCACUCAAACAAAGUGGUACAGAAUGAUGCUUCCUUACCAAGAGUAACUUGCAGUUGUUCAAAACUCUCCUGCUGUCGCUGACCACUCUUAUAGUCAUAGAAGAUAAUAGCUCUCCAGAGGCCUCUGAUGAGUUCCAUAAUGAGUUUGUGAAGGUAAUGAAUAUGCUGACAACUAUGGCAUACAGUGCCUUGACAUUUCACAAGAACGUUAGUAAGAGAUUACAGUUCACUACCAGACAGUCAGAUUGUGUCUACUCUACCUAUGCACUGCACAUCCGAAAACUUAUUGCACACACCUUGUACAAUAUAGUGUAAAUAAUUUGUAGUUACUAAGAAAAAUUUUGGACUGACAGUAAAAGAACAAGUGUCUAAGUGCCUACUCCUAUUUCAAGUGGCGCCCCUAGGCACAUGCCUAAUGGGAGAUUCACCACUGCAUCCACAUAGCACCAUCCUAAUUGAUGUCUUUUUUUUCUAUUGCAAAACAUUUCUUAUUAACUCUGCAUAAUAAGUAUGCAAGGUGAGAUGGCCUAGCUUUAUAGAGCUUACAAUCUAAAGGAAAUGCAGCUAAUUGACAAAUACAGUAAAUUGAAUAUAUGUACCGUAUUUUAUAUAUCUUCUUUUGACUUUACAAUCUUCUUGUAACAGUUUACCAGGAGCAUCAACAUUAGUUUGUGCUGUAGUGGAACCUUGAUCUUUCUACUAUUCAUCAUUCAUCUGUCUCCAUUGACUUCCUCUGAUCAAUAAAAUGUUCCCAUCAAAUAUAGCCCUGUCCUCAGUGACAAUUUACAGUCAUUCGUGCAGGGGUAGGUAGCAUCCCAGCUGCAGUGUAACAAUGAUUCCAUUAUACCAUGCCAAAGAUUAAGUGUUAGGGAAUGCUAAAAUGGUGGCAGAGCAUGCUGGGAUGUGUAGUUUCACAGGUGUGUCACCAGGGACAUAUCUAGAGAGGAGGAGGCCCGUGUGCAGGAUCUGUCUUGGCCCCCUCCUUUUUAGCCGGCAGCACUGUUGCUCAAGGCACAACAGUUUCAUGAGGCCCCUAGGGCUGUCCCAGAGCCUAAAGUGCAUGCGCAGAUCUCUGGGAAAAAUGGCGCGGCAGCCAUUUUCCCAGUGAUUUUCCUACUACGCAGGCACGAAACACUGGGAAAAUGUUCCCAGUGAUUUCUACAGCACUGCUGCUGCGACGUGGGACUCCAGAGGGUAAGUAUUAAAAAUAAUGGGUACAGGGUGUGCGGUGUGGGCCCCACUGGAUCACGGGGGCCUGUGUGCACAGCACCCACUGCAGCCACUGUAAAUAUGCCAAUGGGUGCCACAGAUUGCUUACCCAUGAUUUCCCUUUUUUCCAAACAUAGAAAUAUCCACGCGCUGAUUGGCUACAGUUAUUGGCUGUGCAAUACCAUACAAGCAUGAAUUAGGCCCUGUGUCUCUACCCCUUUCUCUAUGUUUUGAAAAAUGUUAUUAAAAAAUGUAUUAAGGGGGGAAAAAAAUUAUUCCUUGGAACCUAGUAAACAGCAAAUGUCCCAUGCCCCACCAUAAGGCCAACACAAUCUGCUAAAUGUAAUAGCCUCCGAGUUCCAGAGGUGCAGGAAGUUUUUUGUGAGUCUGCACGUUUUUUUUUAAAGUGGCAAUCAUUUACAAGCCAAAACCAACCAGGUUCUAGGAGGCUAUUACAGUUAGCAGAAAGUCUAUUAGUAAGAAACUGACAUAAAUGGUCACCAAGAUGCUGAGUGUUGUUAGAUAGGGUUGGAAUCUAAAUGUAGGGACAUGGAGUAGUGGAUGUAGAGGGGGCUAUAGAAUGCCCAGCUAAGGUUAGGUGGAGUUGCUACAGUACAUUCAGGAAAAUAAUAAAAACAGAGAGAAGUUACCAAACAGCAAAGGAACCCAAGUGUUAAAGUAAUGAUAUCCUACCUAUAAUAAUGUGUAAACUGUCUGAUUCUCGUACACCACAUCAUCAGUAAUACAAUAACCAUGGUUCUCUGUACUAGCCUAAUGUGAGCUGAUCUCAGUAUAGCAUGUAGAAGCAAUGCAAGAGGCAAACAGUCCCUCAUUACAGGUUUCUUUGUAAAAGACUCUCAGAGCUGUUCUAUUGCCUGGACUGAAGAAGAUGGGCUAAAUGUUCUGUGAGGACUCCAUAUUUUUUCUCAGUUGCUCCUGAGGCUUUUGGGAAGGAACCUAUAGUGAGUGACUGUUUGCUUUAUUGCAUUGUUUGUUUAUAACAACCUACCUUCUUUUUUUGGAAAAACAAGUCAUCUAAGAUGUCAUACAUACCUGCAACUCCACUAAUAAUAAUAUAUAAUAAGCUGCAGCUAGUUGCCAGCUUAAGAAUUCAUCACAGCCAUCCACAACAAGUACCACAGGGCAGAAAUUGAAGUUAUACACAACACUAACCAGACAACCAGAUAGCAAACUUUCAAAAAAAAUUGUGAUUACAUUCAAAAAGAUUGUGAUGCUGUAGAUCCCAAUAUGUUGUUUGCAAUCUUUAAAAUGUAAUCCAACAAAAUCUCUGUAUGCCAUAUAUUGCUUCAAUUGUUUUGUUCUGCAUUGUUGAAUCAAGAGAAAUUGUAAUUUUAUGUUUACUUAAUUUAUUCUUCCUUUGUUUACUGUUUUGAGAGAUAGUUUUAAAUAUAAUGAAGCAACUUAAUAAUUGAUCUAAAUCAUAUGACCUGGAUUUCACCUAUACAAGAGAUACUUUAUAUCUCCAUUCUAUUUUACAAUUGAGUGCCGGGUGUGUGGUGCUUUGAUUUACACUUCAUGUUUAUCUGUGUCAUGUUUGAAUAAAAUGAUUUAUUAGUCA